AUGCAUCAAUUAACAAAGAAAAAUAAUAGUAAUAGUAGUAGUGGUAAUAAUAACCUCAAUUUUGGGGUGGAUCAUGAUAACCAGAAUUAUAGCUUAGCAUAUAAUUCAGUUCCAUUUCAUUAUUCUCAAAUGAUUUCAUAUUUAAACGGGCGUGCUCCUUCAUCAAAAAAUCCUGGUCCUAUUAAUAAUACUAAUGACUAUAAUAUACCUGAAAAUGUUUAUCCAUAUAUAAAUAUGCCUAUUCAACCUCAAUUUGAAACUAAUAUGUUUCCUGUUUCAUAUAAUUCAGUUCCAUCAUCACAAUCUCAGCCCUUACAAGUGGCUUCUCCUGCUAUCAAUGGGAUGAUGACUCCGUUUGAUGCAGUAUAUGGUGCCACUUUGUUGCCUUCUCAUCUGUUAAUGGGUUCACCCUUUGUUUCAUCACCACAUACACAGACUCCACAACGGUUUUCUCAACCUACCUUUAGUAGAAAUAAGUCAUCUAAUGGAUACCCUAUCUACUCUAAGUUUAAUUCAAAUAAUAUCAAUAAUCAUAAUAGUGAUAGUACUAAUAAUAAUAAGGCAUCUCAAGGAUAUUUGGACAAAAAGAAACAUAGUAAUGCUAAUAAUAAUAGUUCAAACGAAAAAGUUCAAUUUUCAAACGGAGAUGUCGAUAAAAUGGAAUCUUUAUUUGACCAACCAUUUCAUAUUUCCUAUAAAGUAUUACCUAAAGGUGACGAUGCCUAUAGAACAAGGUCGUUAUUAUUAGAAAAUCUAGAUAGGUCGGUCGAUAUUCAUGAAUUUAUAACAAAAUAUGUUAAUUCUUCUGAUAUUGAAAGUGUUUAUUCUAUUCAACAGGAGUCUAAGCAGAAUAUUUUAUUAAAUUUCAUGUCGACUCAGAUAUGUCUCAAUUUCUAUAAUAAUGUACUUCAGAGGUUAAAAGAAUUUAAAUUGGGUUUAAAAUCAGAAGAUAUGAACUUAAAUUUUAUUUUAUUAAAAUAUUUGCAAGACACGUUAUCUGAUGAAGAUUCAUCAACUAAUGAUAAAAAACAUAUUGAUAUAUCUAUGUUUAAAUUUGACUUUGUGAUAGAUAAUGCCACUAGAUCGAUUCUCAUAGAAUUAAAGAAUGACUAUGAUAGUAAAAAGGUUAUUUCCUUACUAAAAGAUUUAAAAUUAGCUAAGGAUAAUAGUAUAAAUAAAAGGUAUAUCCUUGAAUCUAUACAAUUAUUCAAUACUCCCAAAGCUAAUAAAAUUUUUAGUAAGAAUUAUGUUAUACUGACAUUUUUAAAUGUGUAUAUGGCUAUUGAAAUAUUCAACUAUAUAAAAUACAAGAGUGAUAAGAUAAAUAUUGGGAAAUGUUAUUUUAUUAAUAUUACUAGUCCCCUAAUUACAAAUAGGAAUCUCAGUGGUACAGAUUUAAGUAAUCCAGAAAAUAUUAGUAGGAUUAAUAGUGUUACUAGUUUCAAAAAUUUAGAUAAGUUAAAUACAGGGUCAGUAAGUUUGUUAUCAUCACAAACUUCUUUAAGUUUAGAUCCUUCAGUUUCUGAUAUUACAGCAUUAUUGGAGAGAAUUGAAUUAGAUACUAACUGUUUAACAAUAACUGCUAACUCGUAUUCUGAACCUCUGAUUGAAUCUUUCAAAGAACAUGCACCAAAUAUUACAAGAGUAUAUUCACCAAAGUCAUAUUUACAAGGAUCUAAUUCCAACCUGCCAACUCCAAUGCCUCUUGACAGAAAUUUCCAAAACAAUAGAACUGUUUUUAGUCCUAUGAAUACAAAUGGUUUUACUCCAAAUCAUGGUAUCUUAGUCCCACAGACGCCUAUGGGUAUAUCUACUCCAACUUUCUACAUGAAACAACCUCCAUUUAAGUAUUCUAAUAAUCUUCCACAACCUAUAACGGAUUCAUUAGAAGAUCAACUAAAUACGUCAGCUAAAGUAGCAUCAGCGAUGGGGAGUGAUGUUACAAAUAGGACAAUAUAUAUUGGUAAUAUCAAUCCACGGUCUAAACCUGAAGAUAUUUGUAAUGUGGUUCGUGGUGGUAUUUUAGAAAGUAUUAAAUUUAUUGAAUCUAAACAUAUUUGUUUUAUAACAUUUAUUGAGCCAUCUGCUGCAGUUCAAUUUUAUGCAAAUACAUUUAUUGAUCCUAUAAUACUGCAUGGUAACACGUUGAAAAUUGGAUGGGGUAAUUAUUCCGGGCCAUUAUCUAAAUCUAUAGCAUUGGCUGUUACUGUAGGAGCUAGUAGAAAUGUUUAUGUUAGUUUACCUGAAGUGGCUUUUAAAGAUAAAUAUAUUAAUGAUCCAGAGUAUGAAAUGUAUCAUGGAAAAUAUAGUCUACCUUCAGAAAAGCAGUUAAGAGAAGAUUUUUCUUCUUACGGUAGCAUUGAACAAAUUAAUUAUCUAGGUGAUAGUCAUUGUUGUUGGGUUAAUUUCAUGAAUAUUACAUCUGCUAUUAAGUUGGUGGAAGAUGCUACAAAUAACUUUGAACAAUUCUCUAAAAAUUUUAAUCAUCGCUACGAUGGACUGAUUAUUAAUUAUGGUAAAGAUAGAUGUGGUAAUAUGAAUAAAAAUCUAGCAUUGAAAAAUUCUAAACUUAAUAAGAAGAUGAAGAAAAAUAAUAAAGGUAAAAAAUUGAAUUACCUAGAAGAGAAAAGAAAAAAUCAGGAAAGUAUCAGAAAAACUUUCCCAGGGACAAAUGACGUUUACUCUGGUAUACUUAAAAGUGGAACGAAUCAAAAUGAUAAUGGUAAAAAUAUUGAUUUACAGAAAUUUAUACCCUUGGAUUCUUUGGGUAUUACUAUCGAUACAAGUAAUCAUAUUGAUGAAACUAUUAAAACAGAGGAAACAUCACUCAAUGGAGAAUGUCAAGAUACAAAAAGUAAUGCAAUAGGUGAUGAAGAUAACUUAGAUAAUUCGGAUAUUUCAUCUGAUAUGGGAAUAGUAGUGGAUGGAAAUCAUCAUUUAAAUGGUAAUAGUAAUAAGUUAGAAUCGAAUACAGAUUAUGGAGAUAGGAUUGGUCUAGGCAUAAGCAAUAGAUUUUCCAGUAAUAAUAUUUCAUCGUUAUCGUCUAUAUCAUCUCGGGAACAAACAGAAAACAAUGGUGAUGGUCAAAAAUAUAAGGAUACUAAUAAAAAUAGAAAGAAUGACAAUACUACUAAACAUGGAAGGACAAUUCCUGGUUCUGAUGUUAUGGCUCAAUACUUAGCACAACUACAACAUUCCACCUUUAUUUAUGCAGCAAAUGUUCUAGGUGCUUCAAGUGAACAGUCAGAUUUAUAUAACGGUGGUGAAUAA